CGGUGCCGUUUCUGCUCAUUUGUGAAAUAGCUUAACUUUCAGGCUCAAGGCGCCACUUGUGAUUUAGCGGUUACUGUUUGUUAAUCAAAUGCUAGUCGAGGUCGGCGCAACUAGACUGCGACUUUUCCGGGCGGUGAACAUCUCUAAUUGGGCGGCGCCGGCGGCCGGCAGAAUCGUCGGGAACGAGAGGGAAGCGGAGCAGAGCUGUCUGGCGCUGCUUCAGGCCUGCGAUUCUUUCUCAAAAUUAAGUCAAGUUCAAGCCCGCCUUCUCAAAUUCGGCCUCAAUAACAAUCCCCUGGUUCUCACCAAGUUUGCCGGUACUUCCGCUGAUCUGAAAGCCAUCGAUUACGCUUCAUCUUUCUUGUUCUCCCCGGAAUCAGAUACCCGUCUCUACGAUGCUUUCCUCUUCAACACCGUCAUCAGAGGCUACGCUCGGGGCAGCAUUGAUUCGAAAGCCAGAGCUAUACAUAUUUACAGCCUCAUGUUCGAGUAUGGUGUUUUCCCCAAUAAAUACACGUACCCGUUUGUUCUCAAGGCCUGCGCGGCGAUUCAGGACUUGAACUUGGGGAAAUCGGUUCAUGGGUCGGUGUUGAAAUUCGGGUUUGAUGAUGACAUCCAUGUUCAGAACACGUUGGUUCACAUGUACUGUUGUGAUACACACGGGAUCGACUCUGCUCGCAAAGUGUUCGAUGAAAUGCCCAAGUGGGAUUGUGUUACUUGGAGUGCAAUGAUCGGUGGAUACGCUCGGUUAAAGAUGUCUGCAGAUGCAGUCCAAUUGUUUAGGGAAAUGCAGAGUCAUCGAGUUCGCCCUGAUGAGAUCACCAUGGUUGCGGUUCUCUCAGCGUGCACAGACUUGGGCUCUCUUGAACUAGGCAUAUGGGUUGAGUCUUGUAUCGAAGAAGAGAUGAUCCAAAAGAACACCGAGCUCUACAACGCAUUGAUCGACAUGUUUGCCAAGUGUGGUGAUGUCGAUAAAGCCAUUGUGCUCUUCAGGAGCAUGGAUGAGAAAAGAAGUAUAAUCUCCUGGACCUCAGUCAUCGUUGGUCUAGCAAUGCAUGGUCGAGGGACAGAGGCUGUUGCUCUAUUCGAGGAGAUGGUAGGAAGCGGUGUAGCACCAGACGGUGUUGUGUUCAUUGCCUUGCUCUCUGCGUGCACUCACUCGGGCUUGGUAGAACAGGGAAGAGGGUAUUUUCAAUCAAUGAGAGCAAGGUAUGAGAUUGAACCCAAGAUCGAGCAUUAUGGAUGCAUUGUGGAUAUGUUAUGCAGGGCAGGUCUUGUUAAAGAGGCGUUUGAGUUCGUUCAGGAGAUGCCUAUUGAGCCUAACCCCAUCAUUGGGCGUACUUUGAUCAAUGCCUGUCGCGCCCACGGGGAGCUGAAGCUCGGCGAGGAGAUCAGCGCGCAACUGAUAAGGAAUGAUCCGUUGUAUGAGUCCAAUUAUGUGCUGCUCUCGGAUAUUUAUGCUAAAAUGUCUGAUUGGGAGAAGAAGAUAAGUGUUAGAGAGGCGAUGGAGAUGAAGGGUAUGAAGAAGAUCCCUGGAAGAAGUCAGAUUGAAUUGGAGAACGAGAUUCAUAAAGUUGUCCCACACUACUUGUAGUUGAGAUUUUCAUUUCUUGGUAUGCAAUACAUCUUCUAAUUGUUGUCAACAAAUUGGUUCAUCAAAAAAGGAAAGAACCAGUUCCCCAAUCCUGGUACAGGCUAGUUAAAUUGCUGAGUAAUUCCUCAGCAGGCUCAUACAUCUACGCUAAGAUAGAGUUGAUAUUUGGUUUAGAAUAGAAUCGUUGAAUAUAGUUUGAUAUGGAACGAGUUCAUUGUGUUUACUACUAGCAGCUAAAAAUGUCGAUUCAAGGGUGAAUUUAGUCUACCAUUUGAUCUAAAAUCAUACCUCUUUCGAACCAUACGCAACAUUUAAUAUUGAACAAAAAGUACGCUCAUCCUUUUUCUCAAUAGCCUAACCUAACUAGCCCAUCUGUGAACAAGAUUAAAAGAUGUAAAAGGAGUACAACAGCCAAACGAUGGUUAUGAGAAAUUCAAUGACCACCGUUUUAGUUGAUUUUGUUGUUUAUUAUUUUGGUUGAAAAAGACCCUACCAACUAUCAAGGGUCAGCUACUGUUCUAUUAGUCACAUAUCAAGUUCAAUGCCAAAAUGACCAUCGUGCUUGAAUAAUAAGACACAGCAGUGGACGCUGUGUUUUCCUUUUUCCUGAAAGCAAAAGCUUUGAACUUUGAAGGACGACGAAUUACUUGUUCAUAAUUGAGACAUGGGGCGCUUUCACUGGAGUAGGUGAGCUGCACCACUUUCAGUUUUGUCACAGCUCACCAAGUAAGUAAAUAGUCACCAAAGGAUGGAUGGGCCUAUGCGAAAUCAUCUAUCCAAUUCAGGAACAAAAUGGGUGACAUGAUUAAUGGUUUUAUUGGUAGAAUUGGAAUACGCAUUUGUGAAUCCCUCACCAAUAAUUUGGACAAUGACAGUGGGAAGGGAUCAAUGAUGGGUGAAUGGGUGGGUAUCUUGACUCGAUACGGAUCAAGUUUAAUAAUAUUCAUUCGAACAAUGUGCGAGAAUAAAAAACAAGAUAAGACUUACUAGAGAAAGAAGAAGAAAAAAAAAAUGUAGAUAAUGCAUUAACAAGAACACCGCUUAAUCUCGUGAAGGAUUGCAAUAAGUAGUAACUGCAUUAUUUAUGAAUGAAUCAAAAUUAAAAUAAUAUAAAUACGAGGUAAUUUUCAAGAAGAAUUUUGAUAAAAACAGGGUAUAACCCCAGGCAGAACGGGGCGGAUGCAAGAUCCAUUGUUUGGUGCCACACUGUCAAUUAGAUAAGUAAUGAAGUAGAUUAGUGUUAAAUCGAAUCAAACUGGUCGGACUAACACUACCACAUUAAACAAUGAGAAAGAAGAAAGAAAGAAAUUUGAAGCAAGGACAAAAUUGUAUUCAUGAAUGAUGAACUUCUUAACUAUUUGCUUUGUACUUUAGCAAAGAGGAGAUUAGUUAUUUUAAGCAAAAGGGAGGAUAUGUUUAGACAGUUACAAAGUUGACAAAUGCUGAGAACUCGAUGAAUCUCAAAGGUCAUUGAUGUUGGCCUCUCUCUUUUCCCAUUGUUGUUUGUUUUCCCUUUUCUGGGAACUGAGGGUCGGCCAAGCUAAUUGGGCACAUAAAAAUGUUGUUUUUAAGUAAAAUCCAACCCCAUUUUGUCCAGCAAAGACGAUGGCAGCUAGAGACUUCUCCGAUGCCGCCGGCUUCGAGGAGCAUUUCAGGAAGAUAAAAAUCAGAGGGAUCGGAGCAACUUCUUCAAGUUAUCCACGACUGCUAUUGUUAGAGCCACCGCGCGAUCCCUCUGAUUUUUAUCGGUGGCUCUAACAAUAGCAGUCGUGGAUAGCUUGAAGAAGUUGCUCCGAUCCCUCUGAUUUUUAUCGGUGGCUCUAACAAUAGCAGUCGUGGAUAACUUGAAGAAGUUGCUCCGAUCCCUCUGAUUUUUAUCUUCCUGAAAUGCUCCUCGAAUCCAUCUAGCGGUGGGGUAAGGUAGGUCAAAGUUCGGUGAAAUAGUUUAUUGUGACAAAAAACCAACAAAAUUCGGUUCAUUUA